AUGCUGACCUGGCUGCCGCGCCCUGCGGUGCCGCAGCUGCAGGAGCGGCUGCUGCGUGACCUGGCGGCGGCGUCGCCCGCCGCGGCGGCGCGUGCCAUGCGGUUGCUGGGGCCGCCGGCGGCCUCCGCGGCUUCUGGGCCCGCGGCGGCGGCCUGGGCGCCUGGGGCGUGGUGGACGGCGCUGCUCCUGGCGCUGCCGGCCGGUUCGGUUGCCGCAGAGGUGGCGCCGCGUGGGGACGGGAUUGAGCUUCUGAGCCAGCUGGCGCUCGCGGCAGCAUGGGGACUGUCUGAAACGCCCAAGACGGCGGCGCCCGGCGUAUUUCAGGAGCAGGGCUCUAGCGCCGGCGAUGGCCAUGGGGGCGCAGCCGUGCCGCCAGACGCUAUCGCUGCCGCGGCGCUGGCGCUGCUUGAGCAGCUGCUGGGCAGCUGGCAGGGCGACUUGUCGGAUUUGGGGGCUGCCGGGCCCGGCGGGGCCGCGGCUCCGCUGCUCGACCUGCCCGCCAUGCCAGCCCGCGGCGGUCCGGACGCCGCGGCGCAGCACUGCCUCGCGCUCGCCUGCGCAUGGCUGACCCCCGGCGCGCCCCGCUGGUGGCCGCUGCCGCUCGCGCCGCGCCUCGAAGCCGCCGCCGGCGCCGACGCCUUUGGCGCCGCCCGGCUGCUGGCCGUGCUGCUGGAGAUGCUGUCUCACCGCUGUCAAGACGGCGCCUUGGACCCAGCCGACGGUGGCAGCGGUGGCAGCGGUGGCAGCGGCGGCAGCGGCCCGGCCCGCCCCGCCUGGGUCCGGGCGGGCGCCCCGGCCGCGCACCCGGCGGCGUGCCACGUCUUGGUCGCCUUGGCGGUGGGGGUCGGCUCACAGGUGUCCGCGCGCGCACAGCAGGCGGCGCUACUAGCAGAAGCUUACCCGCCAGCAACGGGGCACACAAACAUCGCCGGCCACGGCGGCGGCCCACGGCCCGCCGCGGCCGCCGCGCGGCGCCUGGCUGAGAUGCAGGAGCGCCUCGCGGCGGCCGGCGUGUUUGCUGCCUCCGCGGCCGCGGCGCUGGUGGCGGCCAGCAACCGUCUUGUGGCGCGGGACGAGUCCGGGCUGGAGGUGGUCCCGACCGGCGAGCAGCGUGCGGCGCUGGCGGCGCGCGCGGCGCGCGCAGUACUGCCGCACGCGCUGCUGUGGCCGGGGGCGGUGCUGGGGCGGCUGCUGCGGGACGGCGUUAACAACAGGGCCCAGCAGGCGGUUGUGGUGGAGCUUCUCGUGGCGCUCGCGCCGCUGUGCCUUCACGCACCCGCUGCCGGCGCCGGCGCCCCCUGCCGGCUACUGCGGCAGCUGCGCGGCGAGCUGCUCGGGCCGCGCGCAGCUGCAGCCGCGGCAGCGGCGGCGGAGGCCGAGCGGCGGUCGGCUGUGCAGCUGGUCGGGCGCCUGCUGCGUGCGCGGCUGCUGGGCCCGACGCAGGCCGCGGCGCAGCUGGCGAUUGCGCCGCUGCGUCAGCUGUGGGACACGAGGGGCGGGGUCGGCGGCGGCAACGGCAGCGACGACGGCGGGGGCAGCAACGGGGGAUGGGACCGGGGGCAGCUGCUCAUGCUGCUAGAGCUGUCUGAGUUACUCCUCCUGCAGCAACAGCAGCAGCAGCAGCAGCAGCAGCAGCAGAUGCCUAACCGCAGUGCAGCGCCCGCCCUGCCCGCCGCCGACGCGUGGUGCUGCGCGCUGGGGGUGUGCGCCGCCGCCGAGCGGCUCGGCGGCGCCGAGGCCGACGUCGCCGGGCACCCUCGGUCGCUGCGGGCACCGGACCUCUCAGGCUUGGCACUGGCCGAGUGCAUCCGCGGGGCGCUGGUCGCAGCAGCUGCCGCAGGCGUGACAGCAGCCACGGCAGGCGGCCUGGCGGGCGGGCGCUCCAUCAACGGCCCGGAGCCUGAGGGGCCGCUCGCUGACAAGGCGGCUGCGCUGCCGCUUGGGGUGGUGGUUGCUGACCUGGCGGCUCUUCCCUGGUGCCAGAGGCUGACGUUGCUGCCAGUUGUCGAGGUGGCCGCGGCAGCCGCGCUGCAGCAGUGCAGCCAGGAGGCAGGCAGCGAGUCAGCGUUGAGCCGCAUCUCAGAGCUGACGCGCGCCCCGGCGGCAGAGGCGGCGGCGGCGGCGGGUGCGCGCGGAAAGGGCGCCCUGGCGGGGGGCGUGGAGCUGCUGCGGCGGCUGGUGGCGUUUGGCGCGAGCUGCGACGCGCACGCCUUGCUGUUGUCCGAGCAGCUUCAUGCCUCGUCAGCUGGCACUGACGCCACCUCGUCAGCUUCCGGCGGUCUCGCAGCAGCGAUCGCCGCCGACCUGACGGCGGGCGUCCGGCAGCUGCCGGGCGACUUCCUGCGCCGCGCGCUGCUCCUGGAUCUGGGGGAGUUCCUGCCGUUUGCCACGGAGGCGGCCGCGGGGCGCAUGCUGCUGUGGGUCCUGCCUGCGCUGCUGGCGGCGAGGGCGGCGCCUGCCGCGAUCGACGGCUCUGCCAGCGAGCAGCAGCAGCAGCAGCAGCCAGGCCGAGUGCUGCUGGCGCGCGGCGCUGGCAUGCAGCUGGUGUGCAGGGCUGCGCACACGUUCCUGUCGCACUCGCGCUGGGCACGCGACGCGGCGCCGGCGGCGCGGCAGCAGGCCGUGGAGCAGUGUUUCCGCCACAUCAAUGCAGUUGCGCUCGACCUGCUGACUCACGCAGAGGAGGGGCCCGCUGAAGGGCCUGAUUAUGCAAGUGCGAGUGCGCUCCGCAGUGGCGGCGGCGACCGGCAGCAGCGGCAGGGGGAGGAGGGGGACGGCGGCGGCGCGGCCGAGCGGCGGCUGCGGCGGCAGAGGGCGCGGCACGAGGCCGCGGCGCUGUGCCUGCGCGAGGCUUGCGAGCUCCUGGCGGCGCUCGCGGGGCGCUGCGACGCCGCUCCCGCGCAGCCGGUGCUGCUGCGGCUGCUGUCCGAGGUGUGCGCGCCGCCAGUGAUGCGCCGCGCCGCCGACGGGCCACAGGCGUCUGGUGGCGGCUCUGGCUUGGCCGACGGCGGUGUGCUGCCGCAGGAUGACGAGCAGCCGCUUGAGGAUGGACACAAGCCACAGCAGGACAGUGCAGGCACCGACCUCGAUACUGGGCAGCGCGGUCGCACCCGACCUGCGGCUGCUGCGGCCGCCGCAGACAGCCCCGCCCUGAGCAGUGUGGUGGUGGCAUUCAGCGGGCAGCCGCUGGGCGAGCUGCUCUCAUGGGCGGCGCGGCACGCGGCGCGUGUCCCCGCGCCGCUGAGCGCCUCGCUGCUGGCCACGCUGGCGCACGUGGGCGGCGGGACAGCCGCGAAAGCGGCGCGGAGCAGGGACGAGGCGGCAGCGUUGCAGGAGGAGGUGGCCGAGGUGGUGGAUGCUGCAGCUUCUGCGGAAGCGGCCCCCAUCUAG